AUGCGUUCCAACACUUUCAUCGCGGCAUGUGCAUUUACUGCUGUAGCAGUGGCAGUUCCUCUGCCAGCAACCACUGGAAGCAACCCUCUCUCAGACACAGUCACACAAAUUACAGACCUUCUCGGCUCACCUUUUGGAAACGGUAAAGGCAACGGAAAUGGGAACUCUGCGGGAGUUGGUAACGACGGUAAUGGAGCCGGAAACGGAGUGGGCAAUCUUAACGGCAACGGCAAUGGAAAUGCCUUUGGAAAUGGAAAUGAUAUUCUAUCAGGAAAUUCAGGUAUCGGACGCCGACAGGAUAGCUUGACCCAGGUACUCGAAGGUUUGGUGGGUUCACCAGUCGGAAACGGUGUUGGAAACGGAAAUGACAACACAGCUGGUGCUGGGAAUGAUGAGAACGGCUCAGGAAAUGGCCAAAACAACCUUAAUGAGAAUGGAAACGAUAACAUUUUCGGAAACUCAAACUCAAUCCUGUCGGGAAAUUCUGGCAUUGGCAAAAAGGUAAGGAGAUUUCCCCAAAAAACCACCCUCGGGACAUAUGUCGGUACGAUCAUCGACGAUGUUACGGUUCCUUUGGAUCCAACAUCUGCAACCUCAAUCUGGGGAAGCCCAUCAGGCAAUGGCAAUUCAAAUGGGAAUGGCAACACGGCUGGAUCAGGAAAUACCGACAAUGGCAGUGGAAAUGGCUCUGGGAACCUGAACGAUAAUGGUUCAGGCAAUUCAUUAGGCAAUGGCAACGACAUAUUGUCCGGAAACUGUGGAAUCUGCUCGCCUAUCGACAUCGAUCCAAGCAUACCUAUAACCAUCGGCAAAAAGUCGACAACAGCACAACCAUAUCUGGAAAACCAUCUCAUUCAGGACUCCUAA